AUCAGCGGAUCCGCGUACAUCGUCUGAUUCUACCGCGCCAUGGGUGCGAAGAUUGGCAAGAACGUCUCGGUCUUCGCGGGAGGCCGUACGGGCUUGAUGGCCGAGCCUGACCUUGUCGACUUGGGCGACAAUGUCGCGCUCGAUAAUUGCUCAGUUGUCGCUCACAUCAACCCCCGCGGGGAUUUGGCUUUGAAUGCUUGUGCGUUGCGAUUGGGUUCUCGCCUACUUUCGGGAGCAUCUAUGGAAUCCUGUUCCAUGCUUCUCGAACACACGCUCUUGACGUCGGGCGAGAUCGCAGAGCCGGACGGCGUGUACGCCGGAUGGCCUGCGCAGUACAUGGACGAGAAGGAGUACCUUCGCAGCAAGUCACGCUCUAUGGCUCUGUCCAUGUUCCACACAGAUCCAAGCCAUCGGGCACUCCAGCGAGUGCAAGAUAACCUGGAGGACGAGCGGCGCAGGUUGAAUAAGAAGGUCGAGCACCACCAGCAUGAGCUGCAGUUGACGAGGCGGCGCAUAGAACUGAAGUCGUUGCACACUUCGACUAUACGUAACUCGACGCUUAUGUAG